AUGGAUGCAACAACAAAAAUCUUAGUGGUGGGCGAUGUGCGGGGUCGUUUCAAGCAACUUUUUCAACGUGUCGAACAGGUGAACAAAAAGGCGGGACCCUUUGAAAUUCUUUGCUGCGUCGGCGACUUCUUUGGCGAGGAAAAGCAAAACGACGAACUGAUUGCCUACAAAAAUGGUUUCAAGCAUAUCACCGUGCCGACAUAUAUACUUGGUCCCAAUCGCAAGGAGCACCAACAGCACUUUGAGAAUCUGACGGAUGGUGAAGUUUGCCCAAAUCUCACAUAUCUCGGCAAACGUGGCGUCUACACUCUCAGCAGUGGCGUAAAGAUUGCAUAUUUGAGCGGCAUGGAAGCAGCUGUGGGAGAUGCAGCUGCCAGUCAUGAGUUCACCAAAGCGGACAUUGGAGCGGUGCGCAACUCCUGUUUAGUGUCCAAGAACUGCUCUACGGAAUAUCGUGGUGUAGAUGUGUUGCUAACAUCGCAAUGGCCCUAUGGCAUACAAGAGAAGGAGAAUACCAACGCCUCCAAGUUGAUAUCAUUUUUGGCGCGUGAGAUUAAGCCACGUUAUCAUUUCUGUGGCAUUAAUGGCAGCCACUUUGAAUGCCCGCCCUUUCGUAUGCCCAAGGACGAGACAACACAAUUCGAGCUCUGCACACGGUUCAUUUCCCUGGCCGAAGUUGGAAAUGCAGAGAAGGCCAAAUAUAUCUAUGCCCUGAGUUUAAAGCCAGUGGAUAAAUCACGCCUUCUAGAUCUAGUGCAAAAGACCACCAAUGAGAUAGAAUGUCCAUUCAUUGGUCUGGAUUUAAGUGGCUCAAUCAGUAAAAAUGAAACGUCGGAGAAUCGUCAGUAUUUCUAUGACAUGGACUCGAGUGGCAAUCGCAAGCGUCAAGGCAAUCAAGGCGGCAAAAAUAAACGGCCUAGAAUACAACAAAUUGAUCAGGAGAAAUGUUGGUUCUGUUUGUCCUCACCGGAUGUGGAGAAACAUUUAAUUAUUGCCGUUGGUGAACGUUUCUAUUUGGCUUUGGCCAAAGGACCCAUCAACAGUCAUCAUGUUCUAAUAAUGUCCACCAAGCACAUACCCUGCUCGGCGCAAUUGAGUCCAGAGGACUGGGAGGAGUUGGAUAAGUUUAAGAACAGUCUGAGACAAUUUUUCAAGUCGCUGGGUCAGGCUGUGUGCUUUACCGAGCGUCACUACAAGUCCGUGCAUUUGCAAAUCAAUGUCCUGGCCUUCGAAGAGGGCUAUGCCUGGAAGAUAAAGCAUAGUUUCGAGGACAAGGCUGAGGAAUUCAAUUUGGAAUUCGAAACACUGCCACAAUUGACAUCGGCGAAAAUGUUACCCGAAAUGGGACCAUAUUUCCUAGCAGAAUUGCCCGAUGAAUCUACAUUAAUUACGCGACAGAUGAAACAUUUUCCUUUGCAUUUUGCCAGGGACGUUUUUUGUUCGGAGAAUUUGCUGAAUUGCGAUGAGAAAGUCAAUUGGAAGGAAUGUCUUCUGGAGAAAGACGAAGAGCUGGCACAUGUUGAAUCAUUCCGUAAAGCUUUCCAACCAUUUGAUUUUACUGAUGACGAUGAUGAUUAAAUAGAAAGAGAUAAGUUUUGUUUUGUAUAAAAUCUCAUGUCAACCUUUA